GCGUGUAAGAACAGAAAUCGGAAUCGGGAAUUUUUCAGGACGGUCUAGAAUUUUCUCAUUGUGACUUGCUCUGAAUAUAAUAUUUGAGAAGUUGAUUAAUUAAGAGCACAUAAUUAUGUAUUUAAGUGAAAUAAAACCAAAUAGGCCGAGUUUUUCUAAGCUACGCCACACCACAUAAACUUGGUUCUGUUCAGCUACGUGUCACUUGCAUAUUUUACGUUUUGGCGCAAAUUACGUGGGCCACAUCGUAUACUUGCACUUACUGCACGCAGGCCGCCUUUUGGCGCGUCGGAGGCUCUUGCGAACACCUGGCCCUGUCGCCACAAUGCGUCCGGCAAAUACAGUUCUUUAUCUACAGAAUACGCGUGGUAGACCUGAUCUCUAAUAUGGACGGGCCUGCUAAAUGAAAUUUCACUCCUGCGUCUAGAGAGUGAAGGGUUGAUGGGAAAACGGGACCCUUACACAAAGAUAAAUGUUACAUAGCAGUGGAGUGCUGCCUUCUCCAGGCGCGCACUUGACAGAAGGACGACGAGCCUCCAUUAGCUGCAGUAAGGUUCCUCAAUGGCGGCGGGGGGUACGCUAAGCGGUCCACUUUUCACAAGCGCUGGCAGCGCGGCGGCGAACGACCGAUGCAACCUUGAACAAUGCCGGUUCCGCGUCGUCAGCGCAGGUGCUGACCGGCGGCCUACACCGACGGCGCUGCCCUCGACGCCGUCACGCGUCGGCACCGCUGGCUGCGUCACGCCCGAGGGGGCACCGACAGCAAGCGCGUCGACGCGAACGCCGCGCCGACCGACUCAGCUGCGCGGAGCGUCUUUCCCCGGGGCAGUCGUUCGACGGCGAGCACACCGAGAGCAAGUGCGCGGGCGCUGCUCCCUCGCGAGCAGCAUGCCGCCGCGAUAAGUCGGCCGACUUUCUCUGGUGCGGGGCGCCAGUGCGCGUUCGUGGUUCCGAGGGGCGCCGGUUUGCUGGGCCCGGGAUGGGUGGGCAUCGUGGACCGCGAGGCAUCUGCGCCAACUGAAGCGCCGCGGAACAGUGCAGUGCCCGUCGGCGACAUGUCUUCCUCGCCGUGCUCGUGUCACCAGCAGGGCGGCCACCAACAGCGAAGCCGCCAAUUUCGCACUGAAAGGCCGCUGGGCAUCGCCGGUCCAAGACGCGCGCCCAAGCGUCCCGACGAGCCCGGAUGGCGACGCGUGGCUCGACGUCGCGAGCACUCGGAGCCCGGGACGACUUCGCGCCUUCAGGGAGCCACUGCGCUGGUGAGACGCUGCCGCGACUUCUACGUGCAGCGGCUUCGACAGUCCGAGCUGCUGAGGAAUAAGUGGGCAGCUGCGUCUCCGCCCGGAAGCGACAGCUCAUCCCGAGAGGCAGCAGCAGCAUGCUCCACGGACGACGACGCGAUGGCUUUACCGGACGGUGAAGCCACGUCCACUUGGCGUCGGUCCAGAUUUGACCUGGCUAUGGAUUCGCUCCGCAAGGAAAUCAGCUGCCUGAUGGAGCGGGACAACGCCCUGUUCGGCCAGCUGCUGGGCCUGCACCAGAGCAUCGCCGAGCUCCGGCUGGCGCGCGAGACGAGGCCAGCGACGCCGGCGGCGACGACGAGCCACGGCGAGUGCUCCGCCGUGAAGCCACCCAGCAGGCCGGCCUCGCUCGAGUCGCUCGCCUCGUCGUCGUCGUCGUCCGAGCCGGGAGGCUGUCGACGGUGCGCCGCUCAGCUGAGGCGGCGGCGCGCCCUGUCGCAGGCCUACGACUCUGGCGUCCAGCUGCACUACGGCUCCAGCCACUCCGAGUCCGACCACGAGGUCUUCGUGUGACGGCUGUCGGCAGCACGGACGCAAGAACCGUGUGCGCCGUGUGUCCGCUCGUCGGCCGGCGCAGUUCGUUGGAGACGGAACGCGAGGUGCGGUGCAUAUCUGACGGGUUGUGCGUGCGACUGCCUCCACACAGACGCUCGGGAAGCAUCGCUCGUUGCUUGAAUUUGCCCGCCACAAGUGCAUCUCUAGGGUGAACAGUGAAGCGAACAUGGCGUUAGCCGGGCUUGUUCGCUUAGCUGCGUCAGCUUCGAGAAGAGACCAGUUGUGCUCUUUUUUUUCUUCGUGCUUCCCUCGUGUUCCUUUUUUUUCUUUUCGUGCGAUAACAAUUGUGUUGUUAAGACGAGACUUUGGCGGCAAUCUUCCAAAAAUUGUGGAUCUCUAAUGUUGUUCGAGCCAGAGCGACCGAACUGAGAGUGGCUGGAAUAGAUUUCCAAGGUUUACUCUGUGAUGCAUUUUCAGCACUUCCCUCGCCUACCAGGUGCGAGUCCCCAACUGUGGUCAAACAAGGGGGGUGUCUCACAGGUUGGAGCAAACGUUUCGGCGCCACCAAACGACGGCUGCAAUCGCUCUGGGUGCGACCACCGGGUGAUCGCUCAACCCGGCGACGAAACAGUGUUCCGGGCUGAGUAAUGUGGGCGCUGGAACUGCAGAAAAACGCUACUGCCUCAGUUGCUCUGAACUUUUGCUUGGGACGAGGCUUGAAUAGCUGCGUGUUUAGGUGGGCGUUUCCGCUUCUCACUGCGUGAGAAAAAGAAAAGCUGAUUCACUGCCUCCAUGUUUGCUGCUCUUUCUUUUAAAGUAAAAUAUUCCAUAAGGUGAAGUUCUCCAAUGCUGCUGCUGAAACCUCUUUAUAACUCUUUAUAACUGAAGGGUCCUGUAAUUUUACUCGACGUAGGUUUUGCCUUGUGACAUAUGUUCGCCGCUGUUAUGGUAUUGUCUGCGUAGAACUGACUGAAAUUCUUAGCUGGUAUACUUUUAUGGAGAAACGCGGUUCUUUGCAAUGCAUCACUGAUAUCGUUUGUCUUUUUUCAGAGUUAAUACUACACAAUAAAAUAAUGUUUUGUUUGAAAUGC